UCGCCGGUAUGCAGUGGACUACAGUGCCUUCACUGUAUCUAGGAGUGCCCCUUGAGUGCUAUCGGGACUCGACACAGUUGUGGACCGGACAAAUAGAAUCAAUGAAAGAAAAGAUAAAAGGAUGGCAGGGCCGGGGAUUGUCAGUGUUUGCACGUGCUUCAGCUUGCAAUGUUUUUUUGAUUGCCAAAGUUUGGUACAUACUGCAAGUAAUGUUCAUGUCCCGUGUAAACGUUCAAAAAAUGCAUCGAGUGUUUGCUAUCUUCAUCUGGAACUCCACUUGGGAGCGAUCCAGUCGAACAAAUCUUUUUCGUACAGUUCGAAAUGGGGGCCUUGGGCUCUCACACUUGUUUAUUAGACAGAUCGUAUCGCGGUUCUUCUUCCUGCGAGAUGAAAGAAAUGUUUUUCUCCGUACAGUCAUUCAGGCGAAAAUGGCAACAGAACUGCCUGAAUUUGUUGUGUCCACAUCUAGUGCUAUCACUAGAAGAGCGACUGGUUACUAUCGUGAAGUCGUUGCAUCUUUUAGAAUACUCUGCGCACGUUUUUCGCUGGAGUAUUUGUGUUCAGUGAGAAAAAAGAAACUAUACGCAGAUUUAGUUGACAGCAUGUUACCUAUUCCACUGUAUAGGAGUGUUCACUGUGGAGGCCCAGGAAAAGAUGUGCUGAAACGAGUCAAAAGGAUGCCUGUGAGACCUGCUGCGAAAACUUUCUUUUUCCACCUACACACGAACACCCUCCCCGUUAAAGUAUGGCUAGAACAGAGAGGAAUAUUCGUACCCUGGACUACCAAUUGCCUGCUGUGUAAAAAGCCAGAAACAAUUGAACACGCCUUCAUUGAGUGUUGGGACGCUGUCUUUCACUGGGACAUCUUGCAGCGCACUCUUAAAAAAGAACUCCCCAUAAACCCCUAUGGAAUUCGGUUCCUUCCAGUUGAAAGUGAUGACGGGCCACCGUUCGACAUGUUCAUGUUGCUGGGCCUCCACAGUUUGUGGAAAACCAGAAUGGCUGUACGUCAUGCUGAUGUGAAUGUGUGCUCUGCGCGAGAGAACUUCAUUGAAAGUAUGUCACUAUUACGAGAAGUGUAUCGUGCACAAGGCGAAACCCCAGACUGGGUUAGCAUCCUUGAUGAGCUGGUGUGCCUCAAGAAAUUUUAGCGACCAUCCCACCUGAUUUGAUGUGGGUGCACUGUGUAUAUGAAUUUUUUUUGUGUGUGUUAAUGUCUAAGCAGGCAAUAAAGAAAAAAAAG